AUGGCGCAGAUGGUUCCGCUUGAUAACUCCCUUAUAGAUCUCGCCUCUCUCAGAGCACACGCCAGUCAACGCCUCGUUGACGCCCUUGACUCUGUGCCAGGCGGCAAGGCCCUGGUGCUGGAUGCAUCAAUCAGCGGCCCGCUCGCCUUCAUUGCCCCCAUCUCCCUCCUCAAGGAACACGGAGUGGAGAAUCUGUUCCACAUCAGCGCCGACCCCAUCCAAUCACAGUGCGCCACCGUCCUCUACCUGCUGCGCCCCAACCCGCUUCUCAUUCGCUGGAUCACACGCCAGGUGCGGGCAGAUGAGGACGAGGGCGUCAAGCGCAACUACUCGCUCCACUUCAUUCCCAGAUGUGACGCCAUCUGCAACAGGAUUCUGGAGCAGGAGGGGCUGGGGGGCGACCCGCGGGUGGCAGUGGGCGAGUAUCCCCUCGAGAUGAUCCCCGUGGACCAUGACCUCCUUUCGCUGGACCUCCAUACUCUUUAUAAGGACGUACAUGUGGACUCAGAUCCCACCUCCACGUUGCAAGUGGCACGAGUGCUGGCUAACUUCCAGUCCGUGUUUGGAGUGCCUCCGGUGUUGAAGGGCAAGGGAGUGGCAGCACAGCGAGUGGCGCAGGCCAUGAGUCAACUCAUGAAGGAGCAGAAGUCGCACGUGGCACCUGUGGAGCAUCCAAGUGUUGACAUGAUGGUGCUGAUAGACAGACAGGUGGACAUGGUGACGCCAGCAUGCACCCAACUCACAUACGAAGGGCUGCUCGAUGAGCUGCUGCACGUAGCAAACGGAGCAGUGGAGGUGGAUCCGGCAGUCAUGGGGGUGACGUCUAAUGCCAGGAAGAUUAAAGUUCCCCUCAACUCCAA